ACUAUGUUGCGGUCGGGCAGUUGACGCUGGAGGCGGAGGCGUGUGAAGCGGAGUUCACUGGAUUGGCCAGUGACACCACACAUAGAGUCACUUUACAGCUACGCGCACUUGGUAUCGAUGAGCCCCUUGAAAGCGAGCCGAUAGAGACCAAACCCUCCCUGCUGCCCGACGCUCCCCUGAUUAGUGUAGCUAUUCGCAAUGCAGACGAACGACGACAAUUAGACGAGCAAGCUUGUGCUCUUUUCAACAAACGAGACAAGUUUCUCCGAAUGAUUCACUUCGUGCAAAAAAUGGCCUUAAAUGGAAAAUUUCUCACCUCCAAGUCGGAAGAAGUCGAGUUGAUUCGUCUCGGCUCUACACUAGCCGAAGUGGACUCGCAGUUGUCGGAAACUGUGGCGAAAGUGGCACGACUCACAGGCCGAGUGGAAGUAAUGCUCUCGUGGCAGGGUGGCUCCGACACUCAAGAUUUCUCGCCGAGAACCAAGAACCGAAAGCCGAGUUGUCUGCCAGUCCUCGGUGAAGCAAAAACAGAACAGAGAAUGGAAGUGACUGGCUACAAAGUGUUCUUAAAUGGCCGCCAGUAUGGACUAACUGUGAACUCCGACGUAAAGAAUAUGGUGCUCAGGAUGAACGUGGAAAAACAGCUGCACAAGAUCAGUCUAAUGGCUCUGUCUGCUUUCUCUUCUGAUGGGGGAGGGGGGACACAAUCCCAAAAGCACAGACAUACCCCCUCCUCUCCAUCUCAGCCCGGCGACCAUUCCCGCUCAUCUCCUUCGCGGAGCGUGAAACAAGAGCGUAGUGGGAGUGCAGAGGGUGAAAGGGGCGCGGAGUCUAAUAUUGUGCUGGUGCCGACGGAUACUUUCAAACCCCUUAGUCUGUUCUGCUUCAUGAAAGCCCACUCCAAAAACACAAGAUGGCCACAGACUGGCUGUUGUGUGCUGACUGACUCCCUGCCCUAUGAGAGACACCAGCUGCCAGUCCAAAUGGGGGGAUUAGGAGGGGGUCAUUACAGGGGGGCAGAUGGCACUGCUCACAGCUGGAGUGGGGGCGCAGCCACGUCGGGUAGACUGAUCUCGCCCGGCUGUCUGAGGAAGGUGACGCCCUGUCCCUCGGUGGAUGUGUUCAACAUCCUCACCAGACACUGGCAGCCCCUCUUCCCCAUCAACAGCACUACUUCCAACAACCCCACCACCCCUACACCUACCCAAACAUACACUGUCCUAUUGUUCUGGACAUCCUGGUGUGCUUCCUCCCACCGUCUGCUGAAGUUCCUGUUGGGACAUGGGAGAGACAACCCCCACUUGAACUUCAUCACCUGCUGUGUGGGCAGUGGGGAGUCCUCACACGAACACUACACAGAUGUGUACGAGACCCUGGCUACCUACCCGGACAGUUUCAUGGACAAUGUCAUUCACACCUGUGGCUGUAUGCGAGUGGGUGGGGGACUGCAGCAGGGCCAUGGGCAGGGGGGUGUAGGGAACAGUAAUAUCAAUCAGCAGGAGCAGAAUAGACCUUUAAAGAGGAGACCCCAGAGCAGUCGCAGUUCCCUGAGGGGUUCCAGGCUGCACCAGAACAACGCUUACUACUCCUCCCCCGCAGAGCUGUUUGGGGUGCAGGGAGUGCCGAUGAUGUUCAUAAUAACUGGGAGUGGACUGAUUGCAUGGCAGGCCAGAUUCGCCGCCUACUCCCAGUCACACUUGGACGAGUUCCUCAAAGAGGCCAUGAUUGAGCUGGACAAAAACGAGGCGUCUCUCACCGUCGGCCGAGUACCCAACACGACACUCUACUCGUCCGCCGAGAACCACAAGCACAGUAUCCUCAACCUCAGCAAUGCCCCCCACCACAUACCAUCACCCUACUACCCUAGCAAGAGAGCAUCCUCGUUUAAACUUCGUCGCAAUGGAAACGGGACAAUAAGUGUGCGAAGCGGCAGCUGUAGUAAAAGUUACAACAUGGGAAGUGCACUCAGCAGAAAACUCACGAAGCCUAACACUCGGCGAAGUCUGUCUAACGUGUCCUACAGGAGAUCAGCCUAUCACAAUCUAUGAAAAACUCCGACUUCGCUCUUGGCUCCGAAGACUCCCUCCUGAUUGCAUGAAACCAUUUAACAGCAGCAGAGAGCCAGGAUGAGACUUGUUUUCAGAUUAAACAUUUAAAACUGGUCAUCACAGGAACUGUGGGAUUUAUUCAAUUGACUAACACAUAAAUACUAACCAUAAUAGGACAGCUUCCAAAUUAAAAACUAAAUCUUUUCGUUGAACUUUGUUUUCAAGUUCAUUUCA